CAAACUAUUGGAAAUGCUUGUGCAACAAUCAUGCUUCUCCAUGCUGUUGCAAAUGACUUCAGAAAUCAGUCCAUUUGAAGAAUCAUUCUUGGAUAGAUUUUUAAAAACCACUGCAAGCAUGAAUCCAUUUGAGCGUGGAGUAUUUCUUGAAAAUGACAGAGAAAUGAAAGUUGCUCUUUCUGUAGCAGCUACAAUUGGUGAAACAGAGGACCUUUCCUGCAGUUGGUGUGGAUCCUGCCAUCAUGGGUGUUGGCCCAACUAUUGCAAUUCCAGCUGCAGUUAAAGCUGCAGGGCUUGAACUCAAUGAUAUUGAUGUUUUUGAGAUAAACGAGGUAAUAUCUAUUACAUCAUUGUGCUUGAUUAACUGGUUUCUUUUAAAUGAGUUUACAUAUAAAAUCGACUAAAAAAUUCCUAUGAUUGUAUCUUGUGAUUGAUGUAUAGAUUCCAGAUUAUGUUCUAGAUUAUGUACAACAAUAGCAUGCUCAAGCUAAUAUUUUCAAA